CCACCGUCCAUAUUCCAUUGACCAUUGAACUAGCAUGUUGUAUAUUAUAUCUUCACUAUAUAUAUAAAUCACCAUUGCAUAUUUUAUUCAUCACACAAGCUAGUAAGAAUCAACAAACAAUAUAACUAAGCAAUUUUAUUCUAUCAUCUAACAACAAUGGCCUCUUCAAGCUAUGCUUUGAGAACUAUUCCAUCGUCCUUUGUUAGACCAACUGCUUUUGCCACCACCCCAAGAUCCUUUCUCACCCCCUCAUCUGCUUUCACACCCUUCACUUCAUCAAAGAACCUAAAGAUGAACGCUGCAUUCUCAAAAUCUUGCUUUUCUUCAGUGCCUAUGAAAUCUUUUACUUGCAAAAGCCAAGUAACUGAGUAUGCUGACACUGAAAAAGUUCAAGAAAUGCAUGUGUAUGAGCUUAAUGAGAGAGACCGUGGUAGCCCAGCUUACUUGAGAUUAAGCAAUAAAAGUGUCAAUUCUCUUGGUGAUUUGGUCCCCUUUAGCAACAAAUUAUACACAGGAGAUCUACAAAAACGUAUUGGAAUAACAACUGGUAUUUGCAUUUUAAUCGAACACAAAGCUGAAAAGAAAGGUGAUAGAUAUGAAGCAAUCUACAGUUUCCAUUUUGGUGAUUAUGGUCACUUAGCAGUUCAAGGACCAUAUUUAACCUAUCCUGAGGACACUUAUCUAGCUGUGACUGGUGGUUCUGGAAUAUUUGAAGGUGUUAAGGGUCAAGUGAAGUUGCAUCAAAUUGUUUUUCCAUUCAAGAUUUUCUAUACAUUUUAUUUGAGAGGUAUUAAGGAUUUGCCACAAGAGCUUCUUGGUAAACAUGUUGAGCCUUCUCCUGCUGUUGAAGCUUCUCCUGCUGCUAAAGCUCUUGAGCCUCAUGCUGUCAUUGCUGGUUUUACAAAUUAGUUAAUUUUGUUGGUGGUUUUUGUUUCUUGUUUAGUGGAGAAAUAAUAAGUGGUUUGAUGAUUGAUUUUGUAAUGGAGAUUUUUCUUUUUGCAUAAUGCUUGGUAUGAGUAGUUGUUUGAAUAUGACAAGGAAAAAAAAUGAUGCAAAAGUACCAUGUGGUUGUCAUCAUUGAAUUUGGACCAUAAAUUAAUAUUUCAGUUGGAAUUUGGACCAUAUAUUUAUUUUUCAGUAA